AUGGCGGUGGUGGGCAGUCCCAAACACCCAUUGAGCGGUCCAGGAAGCAUGAGGACGGCGGCUUUGAGGACAGAUGCCACGAACUACAAGUUCAAUCCGCAGAUGCCAUUGCGAGUGUAUCUCAAGAUAUGUGUGGACAUGCUGAACAGGGCCCAGGAUGAGUUCCAAGCUGGGAACGUGAAUGCUGCAUACAUGUACUAUUUCAGGUACGUUGACCUAGUCACCAACAAGUUGGCAAGACAUCCACAUUGCAUGGCCGGCGCCUCGCAGGUGGGUCACGAAACAUACAUUCACCGACAGGAGUACUUGCAGUUGGUGAAGUUGGAGCUGCCUUGUGUCAUGCGGAUUGUCGAGGACCUGCAAAGGAAGAUCGACGUCGCCCAUGAGAAGAGCCAAUUGUCCCUGGCGAAGAACAUUGCCAAGACGAAACAGCAUGCGCAAGCACAAGGCACCUUCAAACUUCCGUCCAACUUCAAUGAGAACAAGUUCAAUCAGUCCCUCUCGUUCCUGAACAAUUCCGCCAUCGAAACUAUAACACCAAAGCAAGAGGCAAAGGUCGGCAGCAAUAGCGCUAGCAACAGCAAGACAGCUUCUGCAACGGCAGAUGAUAAAGCCCUCAUAUACCCUGAGCUGCCCCAGCUAAAUACAGCAUCCUACUGA